CAAGCAAGCUUCCACCCCCACCUUUCAUACAGGCCACAUACAAGCAUUUGAUCAAUGCAAACACAACAUACAACCGUACUAGCCUGGGUAUAUGUAAUGGUGAAUCACUGAGUCAGGGUGUAUUUACAAGUUCUUACAAGUUGUUACAAGCAUCUGCCGAGCCACAGAGCAUUCGAGCUGUCACCAUGUUGUCAUCUCGCAGCCCGACCGCACACACAUAGUCAACCUCUGUUCAUUAAACUCAACCACCAGCCAGAGCCACAUGCAUAGCGCGCCUGCAACCACCGCCGGCGUCCCAAUACAGUUCCUCCAGAGAGAAACAUGACUGACAUCAGCUGUCUUCCUACCGAGAUCUAUGAUCAGCCGACCCAGAUUACUCUGCUCUUUGUCGAGGGACUCUUUCCUGCAUGCCUUGGGAUUCAACAUUUGAAAUCCCUUCGCCUCGUCAGUAAGCGAUUCUAUCAGAGCGCCACUCGAAUCUUAUUCGGUGCCGUGAAGAUAGGUUAUCCCGGCAACGGUCUAUGGUCUAGCAUUCAUCCAUUGGAAAGGGGACCUGAGAGUAGACUGUCUCGCCUCUGUGAGUUCGAGUUUGCCGGCUAUGUCCGAUAUCUGGAGGCGAGAUGCGCGCGCCCUGAGCUUAUGAGCCCCUAUGAAGGAUUGGGUCUGAAAGCAUAUCACAACUUCCUUUUCCUCCUUCAACAACUACCCUUCUUGCAACAUUUCGUUUUGCAUGCCGGCGUAACCUCGGACGAAGGUUUAGUACUCGAUUCCGUGCUCAACGCGCUUCAGUACGCGCGGCCAGAAGGGCUACGGACACUCUAUCUCGACCUUGCUAGUCAAAAGGAAGUACCAGCCCUAGAAAGCGCACUCGUGGAUCUCCUACCUCAGAUAUAUCAUCUAUAUGUCAAGUGGAACGCGAAAGACAACACACCCAGAGCCAUGCUUGACCGGCAGAGCCUAGUUCGCGAAUAUGGCCAAAGGCUACAAAGUCUCCGACUCACCGGCCCCCACCAGCAUGAUAUGCCCGCUGUCUAUCCCUUGCUUUCCCCUCACGCUCCACUCAAGCACCUUAGCCUGGUAGGGAUUGUGAUGUCUUCCGAUGCGAUAUCGGCGAUCCAAUCCUACAAAGCCACUCUAGUCCAUCUGCAUCUCUUCGACGUUCACCUGCAGGCAGGUACCUGGAGCCAACUUUUCUCCGAGCUGUGCAGAUUUCCGAGGCUACUGGACAUGCAUAUACUGUCCUGCGGCUAUGUGACUGCAGCUAACCAGCCCAAUCCUCCAUUACUACACUCAUGCGACUUAAUAGAAUCUCCUAGAUCAGAAGAUGAAUCUGCAAUGAUGAUGUGUGUUCUCAUCAUGAGAAAGCGCAGGCGGGCCAUGGGCGAAAAAGGCUGGAAAAUGAUACGGAUGGCGUGUGCUUUACAGAGGAAGCCUGAUUGCUACCAAGUACAUUUGGUAGAUUGAGAAGAUUAUGCGAGAGCCAUGCAUUGCCAGGUGCUCCGGCUAGCUUGAAAAGUGUAGUUGUUAUUUGAUUUGAUGUUACCUGAGAAUAGAAAAGUCAGGUAGGACGUUUCCUACCUAUUCUGAGAUCUCAC